AUGCCCAGGGAGAUUAUUACGAUCCAGGCCGGGCAGUGCGGCAACAGCAGUCAGUUCAAUCCCUCCCCCGCUACCGUCCCCAUCAGCUACAGACCACAUCUACCAACCUCUACAAUGCUUGGAAGUCAAUUCUGGCAGCAGCUUUGCCAGGAACACGGCAUCAGCCAAGACGGAAACCUCGAAGACUUUGCGACCGAGGGUGGUGAUCGAAAAGAUGUAUUCUACUACCAGAGUGACGACACGCGGUACAUUCCUCGAGCUAUCCUUAUAGAUCUGGAACCUAGGGUCAUCAACGGUAUUCAAACAGGGCCAUACAAAAACAUUUACAACCCCGAGAAUUUCUACGUUGGCAAAGAUGGUGUGGGUGCUGCCAACAACUGGGGUGAUGGUUACCAGAGUGGUGAGGCCGUGUAUGAGGACAUCAUGGAGAUGAUUGACCGGGAAGCUGAUGGUAGUGACUCUCUCGAGGGGUUCAUGAUGCUGCACUCAAUUGCUGGCGGAACAGGAUCAGGUCUUGGUUCAUUCCUCCUUGAGAGGCUCAACGAUCGAUUCCCCAAAAAGAUUAUACAAACAUACUCAGUCUUUCCGGACACGACGAACGCAGGCGAUGUCGUUGUACAUCCUUACAACAGUAUCCUAUCUAUGCGCAGAUUGGUCCAAAAUGCUGAUUCAGUCGUUGUGCUGGAUAACGGUGCUCUGUCUCACAUUGCUGCUGAUAGAUUGCAUGUCCAGGAGCCGUCUUUCCAACAAACGAACCAACUGGUUGCUACUGUAAUGUCGGCCAGUACAACAACUCUGCGAUACCCUGGCUACAUGCACAACGAUCUUGUUAGCAUUCUAGCAUCUCUUAUCCCAACCCCCAGAUGUCAUUUCCUUAUGACUGCCUACACACCAUUUACUGGUGAUCAGGUUGAGCAAGCCAAGACGGUCCGCAAGACCACAGUGCUCGACGUGAUGCGACGGCUGCUUCAGCCAAAGAACCGCAUGGUGUCGACGGUUCCUGGCAAGAAGAGCUGUUACAUCUCUAUUCUCAAUGUCAUUCAGGGUGAGGUUGACCCAACGGAUGUUCACAAGAGUCUGCUUCGUAUUCGUGAACGUCGUUUGGCUACAUUUAUCCCUUGGGGACCUGCGAGUAUUCAGGUAGCUUUGACGAAGAGAAGUCCAUAUAUUCCCAUGAGUCAUCGUGUAAGCGGUCUCAUGCUCGCCAACCAUACAAGCAUCGCAACACUUUUCAAGAGAAUCUUAAGACAAUACGACGGGAUGCGCAAGCGCAAUGCUUUCAUGGAAGGUUACAAGAAGACAGCACCAUUCUCUGAGAAUCUCAACGAAUUUGACGAGGCACGGCAAGUGGUUGCAGACUUAAUUGGCGAAUACGAAGCCGCUGAGGAUGCAGACUACCUCAACCCAGACGCAGGGGAGAAGCCUACGUCUAUAGAGACAGAUCGACGAGUAGCGUAA